GAAAAUUUACAUUUAGUACUUUAGAGCCUGAAAAAAAACACGAAAUGUUAUUUAGUACUAUGAUACCUACACACCAAACAUGGCGGCGCCCAUGAUUUUCGACAUGGAAGUCAAAACAACCGAUGCUAAAAAGGGAAAAGGGCUUUUUGCUAAGAGACAAUUUAAGGAGGGAGAUGUUAUAUUGGAUGAGAGCCCAAUUGUGAGUUGCCAGUUUGCAUGGAAUGAGUUCUACAAGUACAAGGCCUGUGAAUACUGCCUGCGCUCAUUAGAGACUGCAGAGGCUAUGGCUCAACGACUUACAGAAAACUACAGUCUGAUAUUACCACAUCCUGAAUGCUGUGAAGUCAGUCAAGACCAGAUAGUAACAUGUCCUCAAUGUGGGGCGGAAGAUCCAACUUCUGUUUUAACUAGUUUCAGCCAGUUUGUACAAGUUACAGUUAACGAGGAGGAGCAUGCUGUCCAUAAACUGUUAGGCAAACAAUUUCAGGUAUAUUAUGGCUACUACAACUAUCUAAUACGUAUGCUGCAAGGUUGUAAAAACUCAAUUGUAAUCUAUUCUUAA